AUGACAAGACGCCGGGCAGCAGCCAAGAUCGAAGUCAUCGUCCCCGGCAAAAAAAGCAACUCGCCGAGUGAUACUGCGCAAAGCUCGCUCAGCGGCACUCCUGGUACAAGCACGCCGGCAACCAGUGUUAGCACUGGUAUGGAAUCGGAUGCGAAAAAGACUAGAAUAGUCUCCAGUGCCCGGAAGACGAUCCAUCCAAUCGCUGCCAAUGCCAGAGCUAGACCUCAGCAGAAGCGUGGCACAAAGAGAUCGGCAUCUGAUAUGGCAGCCGCCAAUACCCAGGAUGAUGCGGCUCUGGCCGAGGCACUCCAACAGGAGGAAUACAUGGCACCGGCUCCAAAAAAGCAAAAAUUAUCAAAUCAAAACGCUCGUACUUCAAAGCUGCAACGAUUCCAAGACAUUCGAGGAGGAUAUGAGGUUUCGGACUCGGAAGAUGAUCUUUCCGAUGACCUAACCUCCGACGAAGAAUCGCGCCCGCCAUCGUUGAUUACCGACGAGGGAGACAUCUGGGAUUCAGAAGAGGGAGAUGAAGAUGACUACUUGGAAAAUGCCAGAGCUGAAGCUGCCGCGGAGGUCAGUGGGGCCUUGUAUCAGUUUACGUCCGGUCCGUCUGCAUCUCCCGACCCUUCGUCUGAUCCCAAUGCCGUGGGACCUAGUUUCGACGAAUCGGAAGAUUCCGAAGUUGAUCCCGAUGAGCAUCCGAUGAGUUGGGAUGAGAGGCGCAAAGCUGGGCGCGCGGCUAAGGAGCGGAAGAAGCUGGUCUCAAAGCAUCCAGUUGUAGAGACCAUGUGGGACGAGCUCAAAGCCCAACCCAUUCUUGCUCCAGCACCCGCUCAGCAGCCGUCGUCAAUUACUAGAAAAUUAAAGCCUUUCCAGCUGGAGGGCUUGAGUUGGAUGAUUGAGCAGGAAAAAUCGUCAUACCGAGGUGGCUUGCUAGGUGACGAGAUGGGCAUGGGAAAGACCAUCCAAGCGGUGUCUCUCAUCAUGUCCGAUUUUCCACAGCCCGACCCCACCCUUGUAAUUGUGCCGCCCGUUGCUUUGAUGCAAUGGCAGAAGGAAAUUCAAGAAUACACUAAUGGAAAAUUGAAAGUCCUCGUUUAUCAUGGCUCUGACUCAAAGGUGAAGAAACUCACCGAGUCGGAUCUUCGAAAGUACGAUGUCAUUAUGAUUUCCUAUUCGAGUUUGGAGUCUAUGCAUCGCAAGCAAGAGAAAGGUUGGUCUCGUGGAGGGAAUACGGUCAAGGCAGACAGCGUCAUACACUGCAUUCACUACCACCGACUCAUCCUUGACGAAGCUCAUAGCAUCAAGCAACGUACCACGGGUGUCGCCAAGGCUUGCUUUGCCUUGAAUGCCAACUUUAAAUGGUGUCUCUCCGGUACCCCUGUGCAGAAUCGAAUUGGCGAGUUCUUUUCUCUACUUCGAUUCUUGCAGCUUCGACCGUUUGCGAGCUACUUCUGCAAACAAUGUCCCUGCGAGGAACUCCAGUGGAUGGCGGACAGGCAGGGGCGUUGUACGAAAUGCAACCAUACAGGUUUCAACCACAUUUCCGUCUUCAACAAAGAGAUCUUGAACCCGAUCACGGAAGGCAGAACCCAAAAGGAGCGCAAGGAAGGGCUGGCGAAACUCCGCCUCAUCACAGACCAUAUCAUGCUUCGACGAUUGAAGGAGGAGCAUACCUCGUCAAUGGAACUCCCACCGAAACGAAUCACCAUCCACAACGAAUUUUUUGGGGAGAUCGAGCACGACUUUUCUCGUAGUAUCAUGACGAACACGGGCCGUCAAUUCGAUACUUACGUGAGCCGAGGUGUUAUGCUGAACAACUAUGCCAACAUUUUUGGUCUGAUUAUGCAGAUGCGUCAAGUGGCUAACCACCCUGAUCUCAUCUUAAAGAAACAGACCCAGCCUGGCCACAAUGUCCUCGUGUGUACAAUCUGUGAUGAACCGGCCGAGGAUGCAAUUCAAUCUCGUUGCCGCCACGACUUUUGCCGGCGAUGUGUUACAGACUACGUCGAGUCUUUUGGCUCGAAGGAUACUGUGGAAUGCCCUCGCUGCCACAUUGCUCUGUCGAUUGAUCUGGAACAGCCAACCAAGGAACAGGAGGCCGAAAGUGUCAAGAAGACGUCGAUCAUCAACCGAAUCUCCAUGGAGAAUUGGACAUCGUCAACCAAAAUCGAAACCCUCCUUUACGAACUGUACCGACAGAGAAGCAAGAGCCACACUCCCAAGUCGAUCAUUUUCUCUCAGUUCACGUCCAUGCUCCAGCUCGUGGAGUGGCGCCUGCGUCAUGCCGGAUUCAACACCGUCAUGCUAGAUGGUACAAUGACUCCCGCACAGCGACAAAACUCUAUCAACCAUUUCAUGACUAAUGCGGAUGUGGAGGUUUUCUUGGUUUCGCUCAAAGCUGGCGGUGUUGCGUUGAACUUGACCGAGGCGUCUCGCGUCUUCAUCGUGGACCCAUGGUGGAAUCCUGCGGCAGAAUGGCAGAGUGCCGAUCGCAGUCACCGUAUUGGCCAGCAACGACCCUGCGUGAUCACUCGAUUGACGAUCGAAGAUUCGGUCGAAUCUCGAAUCGUGCAGCUCCAGGAGAAGAAGGCGAACUUGAUCCGAGGAACCAUCAACAAGGACCAGGCUGCGGCGCUGGAGAAACUCACCCCGGAGGAUAUGCAGUUUUUGUUCCGUGGCUCUUAG